AUGUCGCACAGGACGGAGGAACGAAGGGUCGGAACGCGGCCUAAGAAGUCUGAUGGUAAUGCUGUCGCACAGGAUGAUGGAACGAUGGGCCGGAACACGACCAAAGAACCGGUUCCUCAAUGUAAGGAUCGGAUCCUCACGGAAUGGAAGGAACUGGAGGAUAGGGUGAUUGCUGAGGCAAAGUGCAUUCCGGAUGAUAAGGAGGAGCUGCAGGAAGAAUGGAGGAUGUGGUGCGAACGUUGGGCCAAUAUUAUGAGAGCGCUAUCUGACUGCACUGACCGGGGCCGCACCCAGAAUGUCGUCCUUACAAUGUCCGGUGAGGCAAGGGCCGCUGGGCUUGGGGCUAAUGAGCAGUACGAACAAUGGACUCGUGAAUGCAGUGCCCUCGAAGCGCACACAAAGGAUCGUGAGUCCCGUGAGGUGCAGAUGGGUAUUGACUCCCCCCCGCGCGCCCGCACCGGAUCCACCCCUGCGCAACCCCCUUCAACGGACGGAACAGGCGGGUCUGCAUCCCUCGCCCCCCGGAUCAACCGUAUGAAGAUGGAGGUAGCUAUCCCGUCCAAGGUGAGGACAAGCGGUCCUGUAAUGGGUGCAACGUGGUUCAUCAGAAGUAUAGGCCUUAAGGGCAAGGUAUCGGAUGCACCCACCCUCUCUGCUAGUGCUAGUGGAUCCCUCCGCCGGACCGUCUCGUCUCCCGGUUUGGCUGUUCCGUCUGGCAGUGAGCCGGAAAUCGUCGAGGCCCCUGUGAAGCGCGCUACCCGCAACACGCGCAAGGCAGCGGAACCCAAGGGUAAGGGAAAGGGUAAGGCAAAGGAAGUCGUCCCUGCCACCCCUACAGUGGAGGAGUCGUCUGAUGAAGUGUCGCACUAUGAGAAGGGCAAAAUCGCGAAGGUGCAGCAUGAGUUGCACAUCCUGAAGGGCCAGCUCAUCAGCCUCUAUGAGUCUGCCUACAAGAUCUCCACUGAGUUAGCGGAUCCACUCCCCUCCCGUAUAUACAAUGUCUUCGAAUAUCCGUCGUUAUAUUUUGUACAAUGUAUGCAUUUUCUUGGUGUUCCGUCUGGGUUCCGCAUGGGUUCCGCAUGGGUUCCGCAUGGGUUCCACAUGGGUUCCGCAUGGGUUCUGCAUGGGAUCCGUCCUGGGAUCCAUCCUGGUUCCGUCCGUGUCCCUAUCCAGAUCCUCACUGAUGCUAUGGGAUAA